UUGGUGCCUAACCCAUGUCCAAGUUCCCUGAAUGUGGUUUCUAUGGAAUGUAUGAUAAGAUCCUGCUUUUUCGCCAUGACCCUACCUCUGAAAACAUCCUUCAGCUGGUAAAAACGGCCAGUGACAUCCAGGAAGGCGACCUUAUUGAAGUGGUUUUAUCAGCUUCUGCUACAUUUGAAGAUUUCCAGAUUCGUCCCCACGCUCUCUUCGUUCAUUCAUACCGAGCGCCAGCUUUCUGUGAUCACUGUGGGGAAAUGCUGUGGGGACUGGUGCGUCAAGGCCUCAAGUGUGAAGGAUGCGGUCUGAAUUACCAUAAGAGAUGUGCAUUUAAAAUUCCGAACAACUGCAGUGGUGUGAGACGGAGAAGGCUCUCAAAUGUUUCCCUCACCGGGCUCAGCACUGUCCGCACAUCCUCCACUGAGCUCUCUACCAGUGCCCCUGAUGAACCCCUUCUGUCUCCUGUGAGUCCUGGCUUUGAGCAAAAGUCACCAUCAGAGUCAUUUAUCGGUCGGGAAAAGAGAUCAAAUUCUCAGUCAUACAUUGGAAGACCAAUUCAGCUUGACAAGAUCUUGAUGUCCAAGGUUAAAGUGCCGCACACAUUCGUCAUCCAUUCCUACACCCGUCCCACUGUGUGCCAGUACUGCAAGAAGCUCCUCAAGGGUCUUUUCAGGCAGGGCCUGCAGUGCAAAGAUUGCAGAUUCAACUGUCAUAAACGUUGUGCACCAAAAGUACCCAACAACUGCCUGGGCGAAGUGACCAUCAAUGGAGAUCUGCUGAGCCCUGGGGCGGAAUCUGAUGUGGUCAUGGAAGAAGGAAGUGAUGACAAUGACAGUGAAAGAAACAGUGGACUCAUGGAUGACAUGGAGGAGGCAAUGGUCCAAGAUGCUGAGAUGGCCACGGCUGAAGGCCAGAGUGACAGUGGGGAAAUGCAGGAUGCAGACCCCGACCAGGAAGACUCCAACAGGACCAUCAGUCCAUCGACAAGCAACAAUAUCCCACUCAUGAGGGUGGUGCAGUCUAUCAAGCACACAAAGAGGAAAAGCAGCUCGGUGAUGAAGGAAGGGUGGAUGGUCCACUACACCAGCAAGGACACACUGCGGAAACGGCACUAUUGGAGAUUGGAUAGCAAAUGCAUCACACUCUUUCAAAAUGACACAGGCAGCAGAUACUACAAGGAAAUUCCUUUAUCAGAAAUUUUAUCUCUGGAAGCAGCAAAAAUUUCAGCAUUAAUUCCUAAUGGAGCUAAUCCUCAUUGUUUUGAAAUCACUACAACAAAUGCAGUGUAUUAUGUGGGAGAAGAUGUGGUCAAUCCUUCUAGCCCCCCACCAAACAGCAGUGUCCUCACCAGUGGUGUUGGUGCAGAUGUGGCCAGGAGGUGGGAGAUGGCCAUCCAGCACGCACUCAUGCCGGUCAUUCCCAAGGGCUCCUCUGUGGGCUCAGGAACCUACUCUCACAAAGAUAUUUCUGUGAGCAUUUCAGUAUCAAAUUGCCAGAUUCAAGAAAAUGUGGACAUCAGCACAGUGUAUCAGAUUUUUCCUGAUGAAGUCCUGGGCUCUGGACAGUUUGGAAUUGUUUAUGGAGGAAAACAUCGUAAAACAGGAAGAGAUGUAGCUAUUAAAAUCAUUGACAAAUUACGAUUUCCAACAAAGCAAGAAAGCCAGCUUCGUAAUGAGGUUGCAAUUUUACAGAACCUUCAUCACCCUGGUGUUGUAAAUUUGGAGUGUAUGUUUGAGACGCCUGAAAGAGUGUUUGUUGUUAUGGAAAAACUCCAUGGAGACAUGCUAGAGAUGAUCUUGUCAAGCGAAAAGGGCAGGUUGCCAGAGCAUAUAACGAAGUUUUUAAUUACUCAGAUACUUGUGGCUUUGCGGCAUCUUCAUUUUAAGAAUAUCGUUCACUGUGACCUCAAGCCAGAAAAUGUGUUGCUAGCGUCAGCUGACCCUUUCCCUCAGGUGAAACUUUGUGAUUUUGGCUUUGCCCGGAUCAUUGGAGAGAAGUCCUUCCGGAGGUCUGUGGUGGGUACCCCAGCCUACCUAGCACCUGAGGUCCUAAGGAACAAGGGCUAUAAUCGCUCUCUAGACAUGUGGUCUGUCGGGGUCAUCAUCUAUGUGAGCUUAAGUGGCACUUUCCCAUUUAACGAAGAUGAAGAUAUACACGACCAAAUCCAGAAUGCAGCUUUCAUGUAUCCACCAAACCCCUGGAAGGAAAUCUCUCAUGAAGUGUGACUUCGCAGCAGCAAGAAUGGAAGGUGCACUUUACUCACCAGUGAGUAAAUCAUGUGAAUGGGUGUUUUAAAGCACAUGCCCAAUACUCUGUUCACUAAGAGAACUAUACUUUCAAAAGCUCUCUGAGAACACAUGCUUGGAAUUUGAAAUUGUACUAAGUACUGUUUCCUCAGGUAUCUUAGCUGAGGCAAGUGCACACAGGCAUAGAUGACAUUUAAAUAUGGACUGUUGUGUUUAAUUUCUCUAAUCAAAGAAUUAUAUGGCAUCUGAUUCUAUAGUCCCUCAGUGUAGGCAAAUACUAAGAAUAUUAGCACCCGAGGAAUAUAAUUCUAGAUUACCAAAACUCUGUAGACAUCAUUUCUCUUUUCUUGAAUGCCUGGAAGGUUCUGAUCCACUCUUCAGUGAGGUGUCCUUUGUCCCUUGGGACACAAGCGAUAGUCUGUGUCUUCUAACCCAUACAGGUUGAUAUAGAGCAUGCAGUGGAGCCAAAGCUGCCUGGCUCGGUACUUGGUUGGAAAAGUUGGGUAGUUACCUUUCUCUCUUCUUUUAAAUCAGCUACCCAUUUGAUUAAGACUUUUAGAAGAAAAAUCUACCUCUCAGACCUCCUGCACAAAGUAGGUUAAAGGUGAAAAUUAAUUCUCUGAACGAUAAAUGCUUCACUAUGUUGCUAUUUAUUUUGCAUUUAGUUCUUUGGGGGAAGAAAAUGAUAAAAUGACAUGAGGAGAGAUGGAAGUUGUUACUGGAGGGAGGAGGAAAUGUAAUGCCCUACAUAAAUAAAAACUCUUAAUGGUAUAGACUGAGAAUAUCGUUUCUAGAAAAUGCAAGAACCUCAUCGCAUAUAGUAGUACCAUAGGUAACUAGGAUGUUUUGUGGACAAGAGAACCAGAAGAAUCACUUUUCCUCCUAAACUCCAUGUAUAGGAGCCACAACCAGAAGCCGAAUACUAGAUUGGAUAAUCUGCGGUUCUAAGGCCUCAGAAAACAAUUCUUGUUAAACUAGUUUUUUACUUGUCUUUCCCGUAGGAGAUUAAUGACAUCUGAUAUGAUUCCAAUUCAUUGAUAAAUUUUAAGUGGUAAAGCAAAAUAAAAGAGAUGAAUAUUUUCCUCUUGAAUCCAAGAUUAUUACCAGACACAACCCACGUUGCGCCAUGUUUUUCCAUAUAAAUGUCCGGAUGCCUGUAAUCUAAUUCCACACUAUAAAGCCGAUUAUGUGUGUUCAGAUAUUAAGCACAUUAAAUAACAAAAUUAUUAAAUGCUUUGUUUUGGAUACUAGUUUCAUCUUUGUGUUUGUGCAAGACAUAUGUAAAUGAUGUAUAUCUAAACAAAAUUUUUACUCUGAAAGUGUUUGAGUAGACCACUUGAAU